CGUCAGCAGGAGAAGGACAGCCUUCGUUGGGGGAAUUUUCAUUUGCGUCUGGCAGAAGGGCGACGAUUUCCUCUGAGGCUCUUGCCAAGGCGCGCAGUCUGCUGAGCCUUGAGCAUGGGGAGGACAGCAAUAGCAGCAGCAAUAGCACCAGCAGCAGCAACAACAGCAUCAGCAACGGCAACAGGAGCAACAGCGUAAGCGCAAGCCUAAACACAGUCACAGGUACAAGGAGCAUUCGCCAUACAGGAAGCACAAAUAGUGAGGACAGUACGUGUUCACGGAGUGCAGAGGCAUCGUUAGCAGAGGCUACCACGUCACCAUCACGGUCUGCCGUGAUAGAGGCAGCAGCGCCAGCAUCCUUCCCCACAUCCUCCAUGCUAAGGAGUAAUUUUCCUGGUUUGCGGAGGCCGUUCGCUGCGGGGGGGCUGCUGCCUGAGCCGAUGCGGCAGCGGGGGGGUGGAUCUUCAAGGAGAGGCUUUAAGCCUCCGAAGAGACUGAAGGCAGCAGCAGCCGCGUCUUCAGCGCCAGCGUCCCUUAGUUCGCUCUCAUCAGGAGCAGCAACACGUAUCGCUGCAGGAGCAGCCGCAUUCGAAAAUAAAACUUCCUUGAGAGGCGGCGAUUCCCCCGAGCAAGCACCACAGCUCUUGGUGCGAGCAGCGCGAGAAGCGGAAGGCUGGCGUUCGGCUUUGCGCCGCAUCUGCGAAGGCGACACCCCCGCCGCUAUUCCCUUGGCUGUAGGGGUAGUAGGCUGGCGAAUAACGGCUCCCCCUGGAGGAGUAGGAGGAGGAGGCCUCUCUGGAGGCAGCCCUCUCCGCGUUUCUGAGGUCGCGUUGACGGACGGAUUUUACUGGAUAAGGGGCAAGCCGCUCGACUGCUUCCUCGCUAACGAUCUGGGGCGCCUGUUAGGAGGGGCCUCCCGGCUCUCUGCUGCAGCGGUCUUCGAAGGGAAGACGGCCCCUGCCUCUUGUGGAUGUGGUUGUCUUGCGAGUGCUGCCGCCGCACUGCCGUCUGCUGCUGCACCAAGAGAAGCAGAAGCAGCAGCCACAGCAGCUGCAGCAACGCCCUUGCCUCCUGUCGCUUCAAGAGGGAGAGCUAUGGAGAAGCGUCCAGGAGCAGCAGCUGCGUGCCAGGGAGCGGGAAAGGCUCUCGGAGCGCUUCGCCGCUGA